AUGUGUCUGUGGCUCAUAACAGCAUGUUUGGGGAUGUUACCCACAAACCCCACGCAACAAAAUAUAGUUGUAGUGGGCGCUCCAGCUCCUAUUUUGCAGCCAACCACAACGACCACAGCUUCUCCCGCCACGCUUCCAACAGGUAACAUGACGAUGCCUCCAACAGUGCGGCCCACUAUGGCACCGACGACUGCUCCAACGAUGGCCCCUACAGUGGCCCCUACAAUGGCCCCUACAGUGGCCCCUACCACUGCACCUACCCCGCCUGCGACGACCGGUGCUACUACAGCAAGACCGACAACGUCAACAGGACCGCUCCCGAUUGACCCGAGGCUCGGCACCACUCCAUCUCCUUCAGCGGCCUUACAACUCCCUCCUAUCACUGCAUAUAGUGGUCAAAUACCUUCGUACGACACGGCAGUAAAAUUCCCACGGGAACGUAGAAGUUUGGAUGGCAAUAAGAUGGAUGCAAAAGACUUCUUGAACAGCUUGCAGUACGAAGAUAAUAAAAAUCAUAUUAUUAAAAAAAGACAGAGUUGUAGAUGUGUACCAGCGGGAACCUGCGUCAGUGGUGGUACUAACAAUGGUGCUGGUUUGAUUGAUAUAAGAAUUGUAACACCAGUAAGAGGACAAUGUCCCACAGGACAGGAAUACUGUUGUGGUACUGUUUUACCACAAAUAGCUUGUGGAACAAUACAGACUGUGCCAGCCACGGCCAUUGUGCCUGCGGCGGGACAAGCUAAUUUUGGAGAAUUUCCCUGGCAGGCUCUCAUUUUAACUAAACAAAAUGAUUACAUAGCCGGUGGGGUUCUGAUUGAUUCAUUGAAUGUGUUGACCGUCACUCAUAGACUGCUGCCUUAUAUAGUAUCAGGAACAGCGCCUAACGUGAAAGUAAGGCUUGGCGAGUGGGACGCCGCUGGUACCUAUGAGCCGGUUCCAUACCAGGAGUACGCAGUCCAGAAAGUUUUCAGUCACCCAUCCUACAAUCCUAAUACCCUGCAGUAUGACAUCACUAUUUUGCGACUGUCAUCAGCUGUCCCUUUCACUCCGGCGACGGGAGCAGCUACGACUAUAAACAGAGCGUGUCUGCCUGCAUCUAAUACAGCCACCUUUAAUGGACAAACAUGCCUUGUGGCUGGAUGGGGCAAAGACAUGUUUGGCGUCCAAGGCCAAUUCCAACAGAUUCUGAAGAAGGUAGACGUACCUAUAGUGGCGCCUGCCACUUGCCAGUCGCAACUGCAGGCAGCUCGCCUUGGACCUAGCUAUGUCUUGGAUACCACGUCCUUCAUUUGUGCUGGUGGCGUGGCUAACAAAGAUGCUUGUACUGGUGAUGGUGGAUCCGGACUGGUGUGUAAUGUGAAUGGCCAAUGGACUGUAGUGGGCCUCGUAUCGUGGGGCCUGGGGUGCGCCGCGGCCAACGUGCCCGCUGCUUACGUCAACAUCGCGGCGCUGCUGCCCUGGAUUCAGCAACAAGUUGCUACACCUUAA